GUCAUCAUUAUGAAUAUUAAAGGAUUGAUACAAAAAAAUUUGUUCGAAGACGAAGAAAAUUCAUUUCACAACUUUCUUCACAAAAUCAAACGGAAUAAAAUUGGAACUAUCACGCAAAAAACGGUUUGCUUUUUGUAACAAUCUCCUUUUACACCUCUCUUGAUUUUUUUUAUCGUUUUUGUUUCUUGCGAUUUGAAAGGGUGAGCGACAACACACAGGCUUGGUUUAUAGUUGCAGAACAUUGUCAAGCUCGCUUUCUCCCUCUCCGUCACGUCUCGUCCACUCCCUAUCUUUUCUCUCACAGGUUUCACCGAUUACCCGCCUUCUAUAGCCGUCCUCGUUCAUCGUAACACGACGAGAGAAGUAUACAAGUUCGCUAUACUCGUAAACGCCCCCCACUCUUAAAGAUCACGGUCGCAGGUUCAUCCUGUCUGUCAUUGUUUCUCGUUCACUCUCUCCUCGAUCCCUUUCUCUGUCCUCGUUCAUCAUCUCAUCGUAUUCUCCAAGUAUCUUCUCUCUUACGCUACCCUCAACGUCUUCCACUAUAUCUGCCUUCGUCUAAUGCACGCUGCGGCUCGCUUUAUCCCCCAACGAGGUACGUUUCUGCGACUCGCGCAUCUAGGGUUGCGAUUCGAGAGGGUAGAGAAGACCGACGAGAGUGGGGAUACGGAGUGCCUGGUGGGGGGACCAGGAUCGAAGUGGGGGAUGUUUGACUACAGUGAGCGCGACUCGAUUGUCAGUUAGUAUUGGGUUAGGUCAGCCCAGAGUAACAUCGUUGGCUGUCGUCGUUCUUCGUGGUCGAACGGCGACAUUUGUUGUUUAUAGUAGAAUAGUAACACGUUUUUACGUACCUUGUUUAUCCUUUUGUUCGUUUUUCCCUUUCUUUUUUUUUUUUUUUUUUUUGUUCAUUUUUCUUCACCUGCUUGGUUCCAUGGGACACGCGCCAGUUUCACUACAAACGUCGAAACAGAAUCGUCAAGAAAAAUAUCGUCGCAGUUUAUCACGAAGAGAAUUCGAUAAUUUCCCAGUGGUUUCUCAUCAUCCGUAUUUGGAAUAAAAAAGAACUUGAAUCAUCAGGGCAGCGUAAAAAGCGAUCUUUCUUAUGUGUUCUUGUGUUAUGUGUUCUUAUGGUGAAAACACGUCGUACAAUGGCACUGUCUUAUCUUCAAGAGGCGCAAAUUAACGCAGGACUCAUAAGCGGGCAGCAUCUCGACAUGAAACAGGAAUCCGAGAAGCAACCACUGUCACCGCCGUUGAACAACAACACGUCCCAGGUGAUGUUCCCCGGAAUGGGAAGCACGGCUGCAGGCUUGUCCAUGCUCACCCCUCAGCAAUUGCUCGCGGCGAGCAGAACGGCGGCGUUGAUGGCCGCCGGUAUCCCCGUGUCGUUGCACGCCACCCUCGCGGCCAGCCCGUCUCUGUACAGGCAGCAUCAGACGUUGUUCGGCGGUUGGGCACCGCCGACCGCCUCCUCGCCCCCUUCGCCGCUCCACCACUCUCCCGGCCCCGUGUCGCCCGCGUUGAGCUCGAAAUCCACGUCCAGACGCGGCAACAAUCAGACCGUCACCACCACCACCACCACCACCACCGCCAACAACAACAACAACAACAACAAUAACAACAACAACAACGUGGUGAGCAGCAGCGGAGACAGGAUCUCGAGGAAGGGUCAAACGGCGAAGAAGAAGGCGCAGAAAUCGUCGAAGGCGAUGGACGUGGUGCAGGCACCGUUGGAGGGAACGGCGCCGCUCAGCCCGCCCAUCUCGGUCAGCCCCGAGGUGGGCAAAGACGGAAGGGACAAGGUGUUCACCUGUGGAGUGUGCUCCAGAUCGUUCGGUUACAAACACGUGUUGCAAAACCACGAGCGCACGCACACGGGGGAGAAACCUUUCGAGUGCCCUGAGUGUCAUAAAAGAUUCACACGGGACCACCACCUCAAGACCCACAUGCGGCUGCACACGGGCGAGAAGCCGUAUCACUGCAGCCAUUGCGACCGGCAAUUCGUCCAGGUUGCCAACCUGCGCCGCCAUUUGCGCGUCCAUACCGGCGAACGGCCGUACGCGUGCGAGCUUUGCGCCGCGAAAUUCAGCGACUCGAACCAGCUGAAGGCUCAUCUCCUGAUCCACAAGGGGGAGAAACCGUUCGAGUGCGAGCAUUGCCAGAUGAGAUUCAGACGGAGGCAUCACCUGAUGCACCACAAGUGCGGCACCCAAGGGUUGAACGCGUCCGGUCACAUAUCGAGAUCGCAGGUCACGUCCCCCUCGUUGGCCAGCGACGAUCUCGACGAGGAGAUCGACAUAGAUAUCGAUGUCGAGAUAGAGGAGCCCGAGACGACGACGACGACGACGACGACGACGACGACAACCCUCCCCGCGUUGAUCGCAAGAAAGGCGAGGGAGGCGACGGUGAGAUCGGCGCAUCGCCAGUUGCCGAGCCCCGUCCUCACCGCCUCCAUCCCCAUACCGUUGAACCUGUCCGGUAUACCCAUGGUCGAUCUGCCGGAACAGACGGAGCCGGAGGAUCUGUCCAUGUCGACGGGCAUGCACAGGCCGCACUCGCACUCCAACAGCAGCGGCGACUCCCCGAUGAGUCGCAGCCCGAGCAGCGACGCGAUCCACGAGGAGGACGAGGAGGACACGGACAUGGGCACGUGCGAGAGAUCCAGCCCUUCCUCGGCCACCGCCGCCACCACCAUCACCACCACCGCCGCCUCCGCCGCCGCCGCCACCACCACCACCUCCUCCUCCACCAUUUCGAGUCGAAUUUUUCCAGCCAUUUCAGGUGAGAGAAAGAAAGAAACUAUGAGGGAGAGAAAUUCGUGUAUUUAGUUAAUCGCGUCCUUCGUUCGGCGAGAGUUGUGUGUGACUAUCGGCUAGAUAGAUAUUAAUUAUUAUCUAUAUGUGUAGAUAAUAUUAUCGUGGAAGGAAAGGGAGGGAGAAGAGAAUGGAAUAAGGAGGGGGGAAGAAUAUAUAACGCGAGUGAAAAUAGCUUAAUAGGGUAUGUGUAUAUGUGCGUGCAGGAGUGUGAGUGGACACGAGUGUGUGCGCACGACGCGGCGUGAUUGAGGCGAGCGAGAGAAUCGAAAAAAAGGAAAAGAAAAAGAAAAAAAAAAAAAAAGCUAAAACUAGAAACUAAAAACGGAAUGAAUGUACUGGUAUACAAGUUCCUCUGACAGUAAAAGUAGCGGGGGGGAGUGACAUCGGUUCGUCGAUCCUCUGUCGCUCUCGCACUUCGCCGAUUUGUCAAAUUGUUCGGCGCUGUUGUUCUUCUUUUUUUUUUGUUUUAUACUUUUUUUUCAUCCCCUUUUUUUCGUUCCUUUGCCGUUCGUUCGCGUAUGAAUAUUAUCGAUCGAGUUUUUUUUUUUUCUUCUCUUUUCUUCUUCUCCGCUUUUGUAUUUAUUCCUUUCUCCUUUUUAUAACAUAAUACACGGAUGUACGUGUACAAUUCGGUGUAUACUGCGUUGUUAUAUAUCUAUUACACCAAUUUUGUUUGUAACGCCAUCACGAGAUACGUGUAUACAUUAUCAUACUGCAAGAUAAAGCGUUACAUGAUGAUCGCUUUAAACGAGCUCGAAAUGUGUGUCCUACAUUUCUUCCUAAUUUUAUAUAAUUUUUCUUACGCAAGAUAACAAAAAAAAAAGAAAAAAAAAGCUUGAAUACGAUCGACUCGAUAUCACUUUUCCUAAACUCGCGUGAUAAAAGUGGAAUUGCAUUAAAAGCCGAUCUUUUUGAAGAGAACCUUUUACAAAUUUACUUUUGUUCCUUUGUUCUGCUCGACAACAAUAAGAAAGAAUAGGCAGAAAUUUUCGCCCUUCCGUCUCGAUUCGCCUAGAAUCAUUCCACCCAAAGAAACUCGAAAACGAAAUUCAAAGACCUGAAACCUUUUACAUUUGCCUUUUGCAAAAAAAAAAAAGAAACCAACCAACACCUGUAAAUCGAGUUUCCAACGCGAUCUCGAUUCGCAUUAAUCCCUCCCUCGUUUCACAACUUUUAUUCGAAAAAAAAAAAAGGGCCGCGCCUUCGAGCAAAUAUUCCUCUAACGAGAAUCAUUGGUGAAACGAAAAAGAUAUCCACCCUGCUCCACUCGUGUUGUCGACAACAAUCGAGAGAGGAAGGGGAGAGCAAAACCGUUUCUUCUUCUUCUUCUUCCUCCUCCUCCUCCUCUUCUCCUCCUCCUCCUCUUCUACUCCGAUUUCCGUCUUUUUUCUAGAGAGCAGCCGGUCGUCCGUCUCUCCCUCCCCGGUACACACGAUUCCUUUUGUCGUUUCGGUUUGUCGACGACGUCGGCCGUCUGUUUCGCGCGAACCAGUUUUCGCAAUGAUAGACGGCCGCGUGCCGAAAAAUUCGCAGCCGGUGGUCGCCCCGUUUCCGUCUCCUCUUCCACAACCACGUGGCUCGUCUCGAGGACGAGACGGUGGCGGUGUUGCCUCGGCCAGAUCCGAGAUGGCCUCAAUGGUCCACUGAUUUAUGCCUCCGGCAUGCAAAUCUCAUCGGCGUGGCCGUUUUCCAAGUUCAUUGUUCCACGGGGGUCAGUCCCGGGACGCUUUUCUGGGACGCGAGAAGUGGCCGUGAAACGUCAUUCAAGAGCCUCCCUCUUCCGGCUCUCCCCUCUCUCCUUCCCUUAUUUUCCAAUGGCGGAGAAACGGGGCACAGCUCUUCGAGACAGAUAAACUUGCCGACCAACGGUUAUAUAACCUCUGGGUUUUUCCACCAUGGACAAAAGGGAAUGGAUGGGGAGGGAGAGAGAGAGAAUGAGGGAGGGAGGGAGGGAGAAAGGUUUCCUCGUCUGCAUUUCGUGCGAAUAUCGGUCGAAACAGUGCCGGGGACCCAAAUUGCCCUCGUUUCGCCUACACUCCCGUUUCGUCUCGCAAAAGGAAAAAGGAACGAGAGAGAGAAAGCUUCUUCUUGAAUUGCCAAGAACAAUUUCUUCGCCGAGACGGCUGUUCUUCCUCCCGAUCUUUGUCGAGGCGACAUCUUUUCUCCCUUAAAGACGAUCCCUUCGUAACCUGGCCGAUCGAAUAUUUACCACGAACAGCCUCCUUACGAUUUGUCCUCCUUGGUUGAGAUGUUGGGGACGUUUUAAGAACGGCGAUGUAUUUCGAUAGUCCAUUUUGUAAAUUAUUCGAAUUUUAAAAUUCCCUCCAAAACUCGUGCAAAGUUUAAUUUGUACAAAGAGUGAUAACAAUGAAUACCUAUUAACUGAUGAUUCGAUUCAUAUCCCAUUGAUUUGAAGUAAAAUUGAGAAAAGCCUUUACGUGCUUUGCAGAGAGCUAAAAAAAAUUAAGUUUUAUUUAUUUAAUAAAAUAAUAAUCACGAGUUGUAAAAAAGUUUGAGUUUUAUAAGUGAAUAUAAAAACGAUAUAUUCAACAUUACAGAUUAUAUUAUGGUAUUUUAAGUUAAAAGAGGGCGGAAUAACUUUCGAAAUUAACCGAGUGGCUGAUUCUUGCCGAAAGUGAAAAUCUGUCGGUGGGGAAAACAUAGUCCCCCACCGCGUUACACUUUCGCCACAUUCUUUCCCAAAGGUCCCGACUCAUCCGCACUUUUCACUGCUUAUAUUCACGUUCCAAGCUUUCGAGAAGCAUUUUCCAGCCCACUUGUCUGUUCCUCCCUACUCUUUGAAACUGGCGCGUUUCAGUCGCCCUUUUAUUCACGUGUUAGGAGACAUCUUUCGAGCUCUUCCCAGCGAAACGUUGUGAUCUCUCGUCACCACGUAAAUUUUUUUUACCAAAAAUUUUCCUUUUUUCUUUCCUUUUUUUUUUCUUAAACGAUAAUUAAUACGUACGUAAAUCGAGCGAUAUUUAAAGAAAAAAAAAUUUAAUGACACCCUUCUUUUGUAGCUAUAAAUAGAAAUUAUGUGAUAUAUAAUUUAGUAAAAUUAAUUUAAUCGUAUCAUUUCUCGGAUCCCUCUUCUGCUCUGUAAUAAUGUUGUUUAAUUAUUUAUUUAACAUUUAUAUAAUGUUUGAAGAAUAUAUCUAUGAAAUUAUAGUUCUCUAGAGUAGAAAACGAGUAAUCUUCACGUACAGAAAGAAACGUUCAAAUAUGAUGAUGUCGAUCAAGUUAAGCCAUGUUUACAUUAAACGCGUAUUUAAGGAUACAGUGAUAUCGAGACUGUAUCGAUGUGAUAAUACGUGUACAUUAAUUCAUAUCAUAUCAGAAAUAUCCAAAUUUGUUUAACUAUUAAUCUGUACGAAAAAUUCUUUAAUCAAUUUAAUCAAUCCACUUCGAAUAAUUCAAUUUACUCGUGUAACAUAAAUUUAAAUCGUGUAAAAGUAAACGAUUUGUCGUGGAUUGAUUGAUUAGAUCCAGGCCCAAUCCGAAUAACUGUGUAAACAAGGCGUAACAAAAUUGACGAAUUCACGAAUUGAGAAAAAUGUUCGAGUCAAUUCUUCGCGAGGAACAACACAUUUCAAUUCCUUAAUCGUUUAUUAGAAUUUUUUCUUUUCCCUUCUUUUAUUUCCCAGUUAAUUUAAAAAAAUUAUCAUUUUACAUUCGCCCUUUUUUCUUUUCUUCUUCUUCUUCUUCUUCUUUGUACGGUCGGUCUCUUCGGGAUAAAACGAAUUGAUUGAUUUCGACCAGUUGAAAUUCGAGAAUGGCGACAGAGGUCAUCAAGUACCCCGACCUCGUAUCCCGGCAAAAAAGCAAAAAAGCACCCCGAUUCCCAGAUGUAUUGUACAUAUAUAUAGAAUAUAAUAUACCCCGCCCUCGAUAUUAAAGCGAUGUAAAGAGAGGGGAGGAUUUUUUUAUUAUUAAGGAGAAAACAGCUUUUUUUCACGUGCGUACGUACGAGCGUACCGUUUAAUCACUCACUCACUCGAUACGAUAUUCCUCGCGAUUUCGCUUCAUCAUCAAGCGAAUUUGCCUAUACGUACACUUUUACAAUUAUUAUCACGACGAAGGACCAAUAAUCGUUGAAGAUUAGACACGAGCUUUCAUUCACGUCGCGGCAAUUACCUAAUCCUAUAUCACAGUUAGUAGGUGUAAUAUUUGUUGCAAGCGAAGGAUAAUUAUUCUUCACUCGCAACGAUGGUUUUCGAUGGUAUAACAAUGGUUAGAGUCUUGAUAAUUUGCGUUACGAUAUUGUUCUCUCAUCAUUUUUAAUCGAUAGUUUGCGUUAUAAUAUUGUUUUCUCGUCAUCAUCAUCAUCGUGAUUUUUGCUAUACUCUAUUAUUAAUCCUGUAUAUGUUGAAAAGGAAUUAUAACUAUGUUGUAGUUAUUUUUUUUCUUUCACUAGAAUUCGUUGAAAUAACAGAUUUCAGGAUUUUUGGAAAAUGCAGAUACUUUUCAGAAAAUAGGAUAUAAUUUUUGAAAUGUAAACAUGAAUGUAUUUUCACAAGUCGUGUGAUGUAUAGAAAGUAUUGAUACGAGCAUAAUUAGAAACCAAUGAUCAUCAACAUGUUUUGUAACUCAUAAAUAAUAUCAAUUUGAACUCGAAAUUUUCCUUUUUUCAUUUUUACCACGAAACAUGUUGAAUGAAAACACCUCCGACUAAUAAAUAUUAUAAUGAAAUGUCAUAUAAUGUGAUUAUGGAAAUAGCCUGAGUUAUUAGUCUUCUAAAAAAAAAAAAAUUAUAUCUUCUUUUUAUUCUCCACCAAAAUUUUGAUUCAUGAGAUAUUCCUAUGUCUAGUCUAUUUAAAAAAAAAACGAUAAACAUGAAAUAAUCGAUAUAUAUUUAUAAAGUCAUAAAUUUCUCAGGCCACUUUUACAAUCACAAAAACCAAAAAUAGCCGAACCACCGAAAUUUUCACCGAAAUUUGAAACGAUGUUUUAAAACAAACGUGUUAAUAGAACGUGUGUAAUAGAACGAUUAAACUAGGCAUUGUUGCAAUAAUAUCAUGUUCCUGAUUAAUAACUUACUUUUCGCAUAUAUAUAUAUAUAAAUAUAUAUAAAUAUAAAUAUAGUUAUAUUCCAUUAAAUGGAUCCGCAUCGUAAACUCGCAAGCGAAAAAGCAUAGUCUUUCGAUAGCCAAAGUUACGGUACGCUCGUUUAAUCCUGUUUACACAGAUAUCGAUCUAUCUGCUUAGACGAUCGAAUUUACAUAGAAGUUUAAUAGGCGUAACGAGAGGCGGACCACGCUUCUCUCUAUCCUAGUUUUGUAUACGCACCUUGUCGUCCGUGUUGGAUUCCGCGUCGACGAACGGACGUGAUCGGAAAUGGCAUUGUGUAGAAACGCUGUAAAAAAAAAAAAAAGAGAGAGAAAAGAAAGGGAGCGGUGUGUAAAAAGCAUCGCGAAAAAAAAGGGGAGGAAAAAGAAAAGAGAAGAGAAGAGAAACGAAGGAAAAAUCGAAGAGAUUUUUCAGUAUCAAUUUUCGAAUCAAUUUCCGUUCGAUCGACGAUAGGAAAUUCUAUUCGAACGACGAAUUUCUGAAAUACACGGUACCUUGAAAAAGAGAUCGAUUCCUAGUUAAUGGUUGUUAGUUCCGAAUGAUACUGGUAAAAAUUACGUUCCUGUCGGUCCCGAUGAUAUAAUAACGGACCAAAUUGUUUUCUAUGUUUCUUUGUAAACAGACCAGAAUCUCAUUGAGAAGAGAAAAGGAAAAAUAAUAAUAAUGAUAAUAGCUGGAGAUAGAAAAAAUAGAAUUCGAAAAUGAUUAAAAAUAUUUAACGAAAACGGAAAUCUCGCGUCGAGUACCUAUUUGUAUUUAAAAUAGAAUUAUCGCUUGUCCUACAUACUGUAGUAAUUAAUCAUUAUCGUUGUUGUCCUUUUAAUCUUAAUGUGCAAGGCAAAAAGAACAUAGCAUAUACAUGUAUAUAUAUAUAUAUGUGUGUAUAUUAUAUUAUAUAUACACACACACACACAUAUAUAUAUAUAUAUAAUUAUAUAUACAUAUAAUUGAUAUAUGUUUGUGUCAAAUUAUAAUGUUGUAUCGAAUACAAUGUGUACCGUAAAAAAAGAUGGGGAUCACGGAGGCACGACUCGAAUAAACGAUGUAAAUUAAUAACGAGAUAAAUUAAAUUAAAGAAAAAGUAUAUCGAGAGAAAAUUUGGAAUCAUUAACAAUUCAGACGUUUAAAAAAUAGUUAGCUUAGAAUUUCUUUACAUCGUUGAUUAUUGAUAUCCGUAGUACUAAUUUCAAAUUAAUGACAAUAGAAAAGAAGGAGAAAAAGAAUGUGAUUCCAAAUUUUCGUCAUCGAUACGUACAGUAAAUUUUUCGAGAAUAUUUUUAUUCUUCUUUUACGAUUCGUUCGAAAAAUAUAUAUAUUCGAGUCUGCAUCCGUCGCGCCCCGUCCCUCGAAUACUCGAUUAACAAUUAUGUACCUAUGGUGUAUACUUCUCUGUAUCUAUGUAACUAGAACUAUAUACGUAUAUAUAGUUAUAAUUUUGUACAGUCAACGCAGACGCUAAUCACGUAUGCACGAAAGCCGGUCGAUCGUUCGCGCGACAACUCGAGAUCGCGUGCCCCGCGAUUAUUCAUUGGUUGUCCAAACGACCAAUGGGCGCGCACCGCUCGUGGCGCGGAAACUGGUGUUCGAAAAUGCGCGCGAACGUGGCCACACACACGGUACAAAUUCGAGAAAAAGAAAAUUUUAUGCCUAUAAACUGUUAAACUAAACGUUGAUUAAAACACUGUUCCGCGAUAUUUACGAUGGAUGGACGAUAUUCUCGCUACUCUAAUUAAAAGUAUGAAGGCCACUUGAGAUCGAAAACUCUCUGUGCGUUGUAUCGUUCGUAAUAUUGGUCGUUCUACACGGUUCUCUACGAACGUUAUAUGCCGCGAUCGUUGAUAUGUAUAUCGGCGAGGAAAACGACGAGUCUUAAUCCUCGGAUAUUGAUAUAUAAAUAAUACUUUCGUACUUUGCGGACGCCGGAUUAAUAAACGCGAUAACCUAGAAUAAUUAUUACGUUAUUUAUUACGUUAUAUCGCGAGAGAAAUAAGUUGUUUUUUUUUUUUUAUUAACACUGUUAAACGAUUGAAUCCUUUAUUUCUUAUUUUUCUUUCAUAAAAGAAUGAAUAAUCGAAUAAUUUUCGAAAAUUGUUGUAUUCCAAAAUAUAACGUAUAGAGAAACGCGAGUAAUUAUAUUUAUAUUUGUUUUAAAUCUGUACAUGGAAUGCACGAGUUAUUUUUUUUUUAUUCGAAAUAUGAGAGAAAUCUCGCUUAUGAGUCUCUAAGAAUUUGAUGUUCGCGAGAACACAAUGUCUGCACAAUCGAUACUUGUAAAUUUGUGAAUACGAUUUACGAUAUGAGACAUCAGAAUCGAACGAGAAUAAGACUUGCUUGUUAACGACUUGCCUCGUGUCAACGAAAAAUUUUGUGAUUUUUUUUUCUCGAAGAAAAAAAAACAAGAAAGAAAGAAAGAAAGAAAUGCGCAGCGCAUCAAGUGGCACUCGAUGUAUACUAUGAAACUGACACUACCUCACCAGACACCUAAUAUAUCUCAACCACAAGACUGAUUUUAAAUAGUAUUCCUAAAUAGAUAAGGAAGAGGAGGAAAAAAAAAAAAA